UGCCGGGUACGGGUCCGCCCGCUUCCGCCCCGCGCGAACGCCAGCCUCGGCGCCGCUCGGGCCCUCGCAGGAGCGGCUUCCGCUCGGCGCCGCUCGCCCGGCGGGGAGCAUGACCCAGGCGGAGAAGGGCGAGGCGGAGAACGGGAAGGACAAGGAGCGCGACCGGGAACGUGAGCAGCGCGGCGUCAAGCGGCCCAUCGUCCCCGCCGCCGUGCCCGAGUCCCUGCAGGAGCAAAUACAGAGCAACUUCAUCGUGGUGAUACACCCCGGCUCGACGACUCUGCGGCUCGGGAGGGCCACGGACACGCUGCCCGUGGGCAUUCCCCACGUCAUCGCGCGGCGGCACAAGCAGCAGGGGCAGGCGGCCUACAGAGACAGCUGGCUGCUCAGGGACGGGCUCAACAAACCUGAAAGUACUGAGCAGAGACAAAAUGGCCUUAAAAUGGUGGACCAAGCGAUAUGGUCCAAAAAGAUGUCAAAUGGCGCCAGGCGUAUACCAGUGUCACCUGAUCAGGCCAGGUCAUACAACAGACAGAUGCGGCCAGCUAUUUUAGAUCACAGCUCUGGGGCCAAGUGGACGAACACAUCAAAUCAUCCCGAAUUUUUGGUAGGAGAAGAGGCACUGUAUGUUAAUCCACUAGAUUCUUAUAACAUACAUUGGCCCAUUAGAAGAGGGCAGCUGAAUCUCCACUCAGGACCUGGUGGCUCCCUCACUGCAGUAUUAGCAGACCUUGAAGUUAUAUGGUCACAUGCAAUACAAAAAUAUCUGGAAAUACCAUUGAAAGACCUAAAGUACUACAGAUGCAUUUUACUAAUUCCAGACAUCUACAAUAAACAACAUGUGAAAGAACUGGUCAAUAUGAUCCUAAUGAAGAUGGGCUUCUCAGGAAUUGUUGUACACCAGGAGUCUGUCUGUGCUACUUUUGGAAGUGGUUUAAGCAGCGCAUGCAUAGUAGAUGUGGGAGAUCAGAAGACAAGCGUUUGCUGUGUAGAAGAUGGUGUUUCCCAUCGCAACACCAGGCUGUGCCUUGCAUAUGGAGGAUCUGACGUGUCAAGGUGUUUUUAUUGGCUUAUGCAACGAGCAGGAUUCCCGUAUAGAGACUGUCAGUUAACGAAUAAGUUGGAUUGCUUGCUGCUUCAGCACUUAAAGGAGACAUUUUGUCAUCUAGACCAGGAUAUUUCUGGAUUGCAAGACCAUGAGUUCCAGAUUCGUCAUCCAGAUUCUCCAGCUUUGUUAUACCAGUUCCGAUUAGGAGAUGAAAAAUUACAGGCUCCAAUGGCUCUGUUUUAUCCAGCAACUUUUGGAAUUAUUGGACAAAAAAUGACAACUUUGCAACACAGAUCACAAGGUGACCCUGAGGAUCCUCAUGAUGAACAUUAUCUGCUAGCCACACAAAGUAAGCAGGAGCAGUCUGCAAAAGCUACAGCUGAUAGAAAAUCUAUGUCAAAGCCUGGUACAUUUGAAGGAGAGUUGAGAGGCCAAGCCUCAGACAUUUCAGAGAGGAUCUACCCACAAGAAGUGGAACUGGGAUCUUCCCAGAGUGAUUGUAUAUCUGGAAAUGAUUCAGAGGAACCUUUAACUGCGCACAUGUCCAGGAAAACAGCUAUUUCUCAGUUUGAAGGCAAAGCCUUAGGCCUUGACAAAGCCAUUCUUCAUAGUAUUGACUGCUGCGCAUCUGAUGAUACAAAAAAGAAGAUGUACAGCUCUAUCUUAGUAGUGGGAGGAGGCCUUAUGUUUCAUAAAGCUCAAGAGUUUCUUCAACACCGAAUUCUCAACAAAAUGCCACCUUCUUUUAGAAGAGUUGUUGAAAAUGUUGAAGUCAUCACAAGACCUAAGGAUAUGGAUCCCCGCUUAAUUGCAUGGAAAGGAGGCGCAGUUUUAGCCUGUCUUGAUACAACUCAGGAGCUAUGGAUAUAUCAGCGAGAGUGGCAGCGUUUUGGUGUCCGAAUGUUACGAGAGCGAGCUGCAUUUGUAUGGUAAUGAUAUGUUUACAGGGGAACAUGAUUAAUUGAGGAUUCCUUUCCCCACAUGCCCCCUUUUUCCAGUGCAGACGUAUUGAUCUUCUGCUGAUAGGUAUUUUUGUAUUUUAUUAAAACUAACUUCAACUGAGAUUUUUCCAAAAGUGGCGCAAAAGACUUCAGCAUUGCUAUACUUUAUCUUUUGAACAGUAUGCACUGAAUUCUGUGUAUGGAGUAUCAGAGUCAUCGCUAAACUCACUACAUUUAUAUAGGUUAUGUAUAUUAAAAUUGCACAGUGUGGGAAUUAGAGGUAUAAAAUACUGAUGUGGCAGAUAUUAAGCCAAGAUUCAUUCCUGAUACACUUACACAGAAGCAAUAGCUGAGGAGUGCAGGGUGUGGGUUUAAUGCCUUAUUCUGAUUCAUACUCUAAUGUUAUCAGGAGAUGAAAUUGUUAUAUAAGUGAUUAUCAUGGAAAAAGUGAAAUGGAGAACCCUAACUGCAGUUGCUGUUGGUAUUUUGCUUAUAUAAUAAACUAUAUUAUUCACUGGAAGGAA